AUGGCUUUGGAUACCUGGUCCCCGGCACCUUCGGCUUGGCGGUGCGCUUCGAUCUGGCCAACUUUAGUUUGUCGACUGUGCAGACCCUGGACCUAAGCGGACUUGGUGACUUUAUGGGGGCACACCUGGACGUGUUUGCUUCGCGGAUCUACUUCGUCACGAUCUAUGGCCGAGUCGUGAUGGCGUACCUUCCGGAUUUUUCCUUUGGCGAGGAAGUCCCCUACAGCCAGUUGGCCACCGAAUACACUUUGGAGUACCAUCCCUCUGUCAUCGCCAGCUGGGGGAGGUUUUCUUUUGUGUGGGACCUCAGCACGACGAUGAUGGUGCUUGAGUGCAAGUACGUUGAGGUGCUUGCCCCGCCGAAGACGUUGUUGCAGUUCGUCAUGCUCGACUAUAACAAUGCCAGCUGGACGGACGUAACAUGGACGAUUACGAAGAUUGAUGGAGAGUCGGUUGUGAGGAUGAUGAUGAUUCCCAUGAAUGCCUCCGGAGGCAGUUGGGGAGAUGCAAGCUACCUCAUUGAGCGGGAGAACGGUGCCGUAGUGAGCAACGGAACGCUUGGUCCUCCUGGCGCAGACAGCCGAAGAGAGUUUCAGGAAGGUCAUCGAGAACUGCAUGAGUUCCAUGCCAUCGCCGGUGAAACGCUGUAUCUGACAGUCGCGAGAGGCAGCAGUACCGAGGGACUUGGAUGGGCUGUCACUGAUGAGUUCUACGGAGCCCUGGCGGCUGCAGACCUGGAAGCUGGCGAAGACGAGAAGUAUCCCUCGAGGUUGCCCUUUGUGGUGCCAGGAGUCCCGCUUCAAGUUGGCUUUGGCCACUCGCAGCAAGCGAAGUUCGUGGACGUGUAUGUGGAGCCAUUCGCCGAGCUGAGCCUGUCUGUGUACAAUAGAGGCCAACGCGGAGGCGGAGUUCAGACCAGUCCAGAAAGCAUAGCCUGGGUGCUGUAUGACCACAAUAUGGAUGCUCUCCUACGGUCCGGUGCCAGCUACGAGGCAACGUUCCCGGUGCACACCAGAUUUAGCCCUCGCACUGGCAUCAUCUUCAGCGAGGCAAUCAGUACGACUACCAGCAGUUCGUCUGCUACAACCACAGCCAGCUCCACCUCGUCCUCACAGACGACGUCGUCCACGACGCGGUCUACCUCAUCAAGCUCUUCAACGACAACCACAUCACCUACAACCACAUCACCUACAUCCUCAUCAUCUACAUCCACAUCAUCUACAGCCACAUCAUCUACAACCACAUCGACAAGCUCUCGUAGCACUACGGCAACAUCCACGACCACACUUUCGACAACAGUGACCAACACUACAAGCACCGCUACAACAGCAACAACCUCGAGCACUUGGACGACAUCCACGACGACUACGUCCACGACGAGCUCAUCCACAACACUGUCAUCCACGACGACGACAACGAGCACGUCGUCGUCAACAACAGUGACGAGGACCAGCACCACGACUUCAUCAACUUUGCAGAACAAUCUCGCGCUGCCUGCAGCGGUACGUGAGGACUCGCCGGAGGGCGCUGUGGUUGUCGCCACCUUGGAGUCUGUGCUGCUCGCGACGAAGUCCUCCGAGGGGGCAGUCUCCACGUCAACGCCGACAGGGAACGUGACAGUUGUGAAGCUGAGUGGUUCUGCUGCAAGCAGUUCCAACAGCACAUCGACCACGAACAAUCGUGUGGUCUUGCAGAUCAACAAUGGCGGAGCCGCUGAUCCCCAGAAUGAGGCAACUGUGGAGGUUUCCGUGCCCUUGGCAGUGGUUGAAGACCUGGCGCAGGGACAGAAUGUUCUCUUGACGGUUAUGACAAUUGCCCAGGAGGUGUCCAACACACUGCCAAUUUCGAACACCGACAGUCAAUCAGUCGAGCUCACAUCGAGUGUCAUGGAGCUUUCCCUGGUGUUGGAAGCAGCGGGUGCAGUCACGGUGGCCAACGUGUCGGAUCUCGUUGAACCCAUUGCCUUUCGGCUCGGCGGGAGCAGCGCAGUCCCCGGAGACAUGUGCGCUUACUUCGACCCGGUGGCCCAAUCCUGGUCGACGCGGGGCAUGGACAUCGUAGACCAAGAAACGUUCGUGUCGUUGGGGUUGGGGCUGGCCCAUGAGAUGAAUGGCACCUGGUGCCUGACUACGCACACUUCCCUCUUUGCUGUCGUCCAAGUCAUCCCCUUUGCCUCCAUGUGGGACCCGGAGGCAGGAACGCUGAACGCUGAAGGCUAUCUCCUGGCUGGCGGGAUUGUGGGGCUCGUCGUGUGUCUGAUGCUUUGUUUUGCCUGUGGCCUCUUGAGCCGCCGCCUGCGGCCUGCGGCGGCGGGGAAGACUGAGAUCCAGGACACGAAGGGUCACCUUCACGUUGUCACCUUCUCGCGAUCUCGGGUCAUGGCCGAGACAAAGACGGUGGUCUCCGAAGACGAGGACGAACACGAGGAGACCAUGGAUGCCAAACAGAAGGUGUACAUUCGAUGGGACGUCGACCCUGGGCGCUUCAUGAGGAGGCUGAAUCAGCUCAAGGGCCAUCGUUGGGUGUCCAUGGACUUGGGUGCAAGGAGGGAGACGGGCGUCAAAGGCUCCGUGACCAAGGAGGCAUCCCAGUCCUACGCCAAGCGCUCCUUCCGGAACAUGCUUCAAGGGGUUGAGGAAGAGGAGACACCCACGCACCAGGAAGGGAACCAGGCUGGGAGUCCAGUUGCUCGGCAGGGUACAGUGGCCUCGGAAGCCUUCCUCGGUGGGGUGGAGAGCAACAUGACGAACGGGACCAAUGAAGAGGCAGAACAGUGGUAG